CCCGAGUCGACCAUCGACCAGACGUAUGCCUUGUCAUCAGUCGACUUCCAUGCGGGAUGCACAUUGCCAAGAGACCAACCAGGGAUGGCGUGCAGGAAACCAUUUAUCGGGGACAUCAGAUUUUGAUGACGAUGCGCAUGAAGGUGAAGCGUGCGAAGGUGAUGACGACGGUGAUGAUAAGGGAGAUGGAGUGAACAUCCCUGUGCAGACUUCAGACAAUGUUCGUGGAGACGCAGACAGUGCAAAACAUUCCAACCAAGGGCAGACCUUGGAUGGACGGGAGGGUGGUCGUCCUCAUGACAAGCGCAAGGGCAAAGACAAUAUUGUGACAAACAAAAAACAAAACGUCCCUUGGACGUUGGAGGAAAGGAUCACCAUGGCAAAGUUGAUGGGGAAGGACGGCGCCCUCAUGGCUGACGCGGAGGGUCAACAUCAGUUCAUGAAGAUGAAGGAGCGGUACGCCUGGGUGCACGACCGAAUGAAAGACAACGGAUUCCGACACAGGACAGCGAAAAAUUAUCGGAAGAAAUGGAUGAAUAUGUUGAGCAAAGCGACGCUAAUCCUGGACAAGUGCGAGAAUGCGUCUGGCAUGCCUUCGUACUUGCCCGUGGAGAAGUGAAAGGAGUUGGAGGUGCCUCUAACCUUUGAGAGACCGCUUUGGGAGGCGAUGAAGUGAAAGUUGAAUAGACCGUCCAUGACCUGUGA